AUGCCCCUUUGCGGAGGAUCGAAAAAUGUCCAGCGCAAGCUGGUGCUACUGGGUGAUGGUGCUUGCGGUAAGACUUCAUUGUUGAACGUCUUCACGAGAGGCUACUUCCCUACCGUCUACGAACCUACCGUUUUCGAAAAUUAUGUCCAUGACAUCUUUGUCGACAGCGUCCACAUUGAGCUGUCACUGUGGGACACUGCUGGCCAAGAAGAAUUCGACCGGCUACGGUCUCUCUCGUACGAUGACACCGAUCUUAUCAUGCUCUGCUAUUCGGUCGACAGCAAGGAUUCGCUGGAAAACGUCGAGUCCAAGUGGGUUGGCGAAAUUGCCGACAAUUGCGCUGGUGUGAAGCUCGUACUUGUCGCCCUCAAGUGCGAUCUCCGCGAGCAGACCGAAGAAGAAGAUGCGGAAGAAGCCGCCGGUGCCAGCGCCCCUGCCGCCGAGGUUGCUGAACCCCGUGAGAAGAAGCCUCUCAUCACUUAUGAGCAGGGCCUUGAAGUCGCUCGCCGCAUAGGAGCCUCGCGCUAUCUUGAGUGCUCGGCCAUGAAGAACCGUGGUGUAAACGAAGCCUUCACCGAGGCUGCCCGCGUUGCCUUGAGCGUCAAAAAGGAGCGUGAGGAGAGCAAAUGUGUCAUUAUUCUCUCGCUGCGUUACGACUCCCGCACCACUGGCCGUUUUAUCGACCGACACGUCUUGGCCUAG